UUGAAAUUUGACAUCGUACAACCAUCAUUAUAAUCGAAUAAUAGGAAAUUUUCAACAGCAGACGACCAGCUAUAGAAAAUGCCCAAGAAAAAAACAGGACAACGAAAAAAAGCCGAAAAACAAAAAUUACGACUUAAAGAAAUUCGUAGUCGAGAAAUACCACUCGCUGAUGUGCCAUGCAAUGCGCCAAUGGAAUGUGACAAAUGCGAACGUAAGCAAAAAUCGAGAGCAUUUUGUUAUUUCUGCCAAUCGUUGCAACGCUUACCAAUAUGUGCCCAAUGUGGCAAAGUCAAGUGCAUGCUAAAGACAGGAGACUGUGUUGUCAAACAUGCUGGCGUUUAUACCACCGGCCUUGGAAUGGUCGGAGCAAUUUGUGACUUUUGUGAAGCAUGGGUGUGUCACGGACGCAAAUGCUUGCAGUCACACGCUUGCACUUGCCCACUUCAGAACGCCAUUUGUUUGGAAUGCGAAAGAGGCGUAUGGGAUCAUGGCGGUAGAAUUUUUAAAUGUUCAUUCUGUGAGGGAUUCUUAUGUGAGGACGACCAAUUUGAACAUCAAGCUUCAUGUCAAGUCUUGGAGAGUGAAAACUACAAAUGUCAGUCGUGUAAUCGUUUGGGACAAUAUUCAUGUUUGCGUUGUAAAACUUGCUAUUGUGAAGAUCACGUAAAGCGCAAAGGCUUUAAGUAUGAAAAGAACAAGCCAAUACCAUGUCCAAAGUGUAAUUACGAAACGUCCGUCACAAAGGACUUGAGUAUGUCUACACGUUCGCAUAAGUUUGGACGUCAACAGCAAGGUGGUGCUUAUGGGGAUAGCGAUGAUGAUUAUGGUGGCGGUGGUUUUUAUAGUUAUGGAGGAGGUGCUUCAACUUCUGGUUACGGCCAAGAUGAGUAUGAAGACGACGACGAUGAUGAAGAUGAUGAUGACUAUGAAGAAGAUGAGUCGGAUGAAGAAAGUGAAGAAUCACAAGCCAGUGAAGAGGAUGAAAAAAAAGAACAAAAUGUAGAUAGCAGCAAAAAAUCAUCAAAUCAUUAAAAUUAUGCAAGUUUGAUAUUUGGAAAAAAUUGUGUUUUUUUACUUAGUUGCAUUUGAAUAAAUACAGUGUUUAAAAACGA